AUCUCUGGUUGUGAUUGAGUUCUCUGUGUUAUUGUUUAUAUUUUUUUGAUAAAUGUUUAUUUUAUUUUUUGUAAAAAAUUAAAAGCGGCCUGAUAUUAUUAUAAUUAUAUUUGUGAAUUUAUUACUUAUGGAAUCUGUGAAAAAUGAUGACGAUGGCUUGCUGCCAGUAGGAGUAAAUACUGGAGAACAUUCUGACAAGGUGCAAUGUGAACAAUGUGUAGUUAAUUCUUAUGAUAACCCAAUAGAGGCUUCAAAAAAUAUGUGUAAAAAAAGCGCCGAAGAAAGUGAAGUGAAACCAGUUUCUGUAUCAGAUCAGAAAAACACACGUUAUUUGUUUGAAAACUUAAUUGAAAUCACAGGUGCACGGAAAGAUUUCUAUGAUCAAGAUAGGUUAUCUUACUUUAGUAAAGGUUGUAAAUGGGCACCCGAUGGGACCUGUAUACUGAGCAACAGUGAUGAUAAUGUGCUGCGUAUAUUUGAUCUGCCCCAAGAGCUCCACUGUCAGGAGUCAUGGGGUUCCAACCAAACACUGCCGGAGAUCAGGUCCGUCCUCAGGAUACAGGAGGGCCGACUGGUUUACGACUACUGCUGGUACCCUCUCAUGUCGUCUUGGAACCCUCUCUCCUGUUGCCUGGUGAGCAGCAGUCAGUUCAGUCCGAUCCAUCUUUGGGAUGCGUUCACGGGAGAGCUGAGGUGUACCUACAGCGUGUUCAACCACCUGGACGAGCUGGACCCGGCGUUCAGCGUGGCCUUCGACGCGUCGGGCGAGAGGCUGUAUGCCGGCUGCAACAGCAAGGUGUGCGUGUUCAGAACAGGCAUGCCGGGCCGAGUGUGCCAAGCCAGGUUGCUGAAAGAUACUUCCCUUCAUGUAGAGAAGCAGUAUGGACUUGUGGGUUGCAUCGCAGUUAAUCCAGUGAUGUCAUCCAUUUAUGCUGUUGGCAGCUAUGCUAAGUCCAUAGGUCUGUACUGUGAGCCAGAUGGUACCAUGCUGUGCCUACUGCAGGGACACACUGGUGGCAUUACACAUCUGGAGUUUUCUCCAGACGGCACCAGGCUCUACAGUGGCGGACGAAAAGAUCCCGAGAUACUGUGCUGGGACAUGCGGUACCCAGGCACAGUGCUCUUCUCUGCUCACAGAGCUGUUCACACCAAUCAGAGGGUGUACUUCAACCAGACUAGCAAUGGAAAAUUUCUACUGUCAGGCACGACUGAAGGAAGUGUGAUUGUGUGGGAUACGACUGGAACACCAGAGGCGACAUCGGGUGAUCCAGUUCUCCGGCCGUGUAAAGUGUUCCCGGUGCAUAAAGAUGCAGUUUGUGGAGUUAGUCUUCACCAGCAGUACCCAAUUCUGGCAACAUCUUCAGGACAGCGUCACUUCCCGAAGCCAACGCAAGAGUCUGACGAUGACUUGUCAGAUAAGAUCCCAAAACCUCUCUUCGACAGGACGUUUGAAUCUCAAGAAAACUGUUUGAAGUUGUGGUGGGCUGGCAAAGAGAGCGUCUCUCUGUCAUGACUGUCACAUGAGAAGCAGCACUGCAACACAAUGUGUGUUUUCAGGAAUUUUAACAGCCACAGCAUUGCAGUUGAAUGAAGAAUUCUGAUCAUAGACAUUGCAGAAUUUUGUCUUGUAAUCAAUAAAAAGAGGUUUUCUGUGGUAACAAACUUCCGUAGUUCUUCAAUAGUUCAUUUAUAAUCUUGUUUGAACCACUCACCCCUUGGCAAGAAGAAUCCUUAUUUUUUCGAGUAAUUUACACGUUUGUUUUAAUCUACAUAUAUAAAUUUAUUUUGUAUUAUUUAGUGUCUUGCAACCUUUGUAAAUAAAAAUAAAAUUUAUUUUAUUUAAGAA